CACUCCAAAAAUCUAGCUGUUGUAAGAAGAAUUAGCCGAAUUGGAUAUCGCCAGUCUCUAAUAUACCUGAAAUUAAUAUGGCAAGUUUCAAAUUCUGGAUUUUCCUCACCUUGCUUUUACUCGAAAUCUCGGUGCAUCAAUGUCGUCCUCUGCUUGUUCAAGGGAGCCGGUCGGAUUCGGCGAGUAUGAGAAAGAUGCUGAGGGCACUUAUUGAGAGAUCCGAAGAGCUGAAGGUGGAACCUGAUGGUGAAGACAACGUUCUAUCCAACAAUUCAGAUUCGAAGAGGCUCAGCCCGGGCGGACCGGACCCUAGGCAUCACUGAAUAUAUAUAUAUAUAUAUAUAUAUAUAUAUAUAGUUUGAUAUAUAUGACCAACGAGGUUUCAGGCCUUCUAAAAAACAUUGUACGAGAGCCUUUGCAUGCAUGCAUGCAUAAAAAAAAAACUUUCCUUGGUGUAACUCUUUGGUUACCAUCUUAAUUUUAAGUUUUAACACAUAAUUUGUAUGUCUCUUGUUAAUCGAUCAACU